GUCCAUCAGCUUUAAGGCAGAGGAGAAACAUUUUUAAGGGAGAAGAAUUUGCCACUUGCUGCAUUGGUUGAUAACAUCAAGGAAGAUGUAUAAAGGAUAUCAUGUAGUAUGACAUCUGCUUUACUAGCAACUUGGAACUAGCUGGAAGUGGAAGAAAUAUUCUCAACCGACAAGAAUAAAAUUUGAAAGUAGCACUUAAGUAAAUGGCUCAACUUCCACCUGGAAUUUAUUUGAUCACAUCAUUUACACGAGAUCAGUGGUACAGGACUUUCAUAUUUGUCCUGACUUUUAUGCUGUAUGUUAGUUUCCACUUAUCAAGGAAACCAAUCAGUAUAGUUAAAGGGGAACUGCAUAAGCAUUGUGCCAUUCCACAAGAUACUGAGCUCAUCAACUACAAAAAAUAUGCAGUCCCAAGUCAGCCUAUGGAAAAGCCAUGUAAUAAUUCUAGCAGUGGUUGGGAGCCAUUUGAUAAGAGCAACUACAAAGAAUUACUGGGAACACUGGAUUAUUCAUUCUUGUGUGCUUAUGCAGUUGGAAUGUAUCUGAGUGGCAUAAUAGGGGAGCGUUUGCCUAUCCGAUAUUAUCUCACAGGAGGGAUGUUUGCCAGUGGAUUCUUCACUGCAAUGUUUGGACUUGGCUAUUUUUAUAAUAUACACAACUUGUGGUUCUACAUUGCAGCUCAGAUUGCGAAUGGGUUGGUGCAAACUACUGGCUGGCCUAGUGUGGUUACCUGCAUUGGCAAUUGGUUUGGUAAAGGAAGGAGAGGCUUGAUAAUGGGAUUAUGGAACUCGCACACUUCAGUGGGGAAUAUUUUGGGAUCCCUAAUAGCUGGCUACUGGGUAUCUACCUGCUGGGGUCUGUCUUUUGUAGUGCCUGGAAUUAUAAUAUCUAUAAUGGGGAUAGUUUGCUACCUUUUUCUUAUUGAACAUCCAAUGGAUAUAAACUGUGCAAGAACAUCAACCAAUAAUUCAAAAAGUUACAUGAAUGGAAUAAAUAGAUUCAAAAUUCAGAAACCAAAAUUAAGCACAAAAGAAACAAGCAAAUCUCAGGAUCCAGAGAUGCAGUGUCUACUAUCAGACAAUGAGAACUGUGUAAAGCCUCUCAAUUAUAACAAUGGAUUCUGUGAAGAUUACGAAAAUGGACACUCAGCGAUAAGCUUUAUUGGGGCUUUACAAAUACCUGGGGUUGUAGAAUUCUCUCUGUGUCUAUUAUUUGCAAAAUUGGUCAGCUACACCUUUCUCUUCUGGCUUCCACUGUAUAUCACAAAUGUAGAUAACCUUAAUGCUAAAGAAGCAGGUGAUCUCUCCACACUCUUUGAUGUUGGGGGAAUCUUUGGUGGAAUUUUGGCAGGCGUCAUAUCAGACCGACUAAAGAAAAGAGCUUCUACUUGUGGUAUAAUGCUAUUGAUCGCAGCACCCAUACUAUAUUUAUUUUCUGCUGUCAGUAAAAUGGGCCUCGAAGCUACCAUAGUCAUGCUGCUCAUCUGUGGGGCACUUGUAAAUGGUCCUUAUGCACUGAUCACAACAGCUGUCUCUGCUGACUUGGGCACUCAUAAAAGUCUCAAGGGAAAUGCAAGAGCACUUUCCACAGUUACAGCCAUCAUUGAUGGAACAGGUUCUGUAGGAGCUGCUCUAGGACCUCUGUUAGCUGGUCUUCUCUCUCCCACUGGUUGGAACAAUGUCUUUUAUAUGCUAAUGGUAGCAGACGCCUUUGCCUUACUUUUCCUACUCCGUCUUAUAAGAAAAGAACUUCACUGUAAGAUGGAUCAGACUCUGUUUAAAGAACAUUGACUUUCAGACAAGAACAACAAACUGUGUGUGUGAUUUACUGUAAAGACUAUGGCUAUGAUCCAGGUAGCCUGUUUAUUCCCCUGUGAAGGAUGCUGCUAUGCUUAAAGGGGAAGGGGAUCCCUGUUGCACAUGUUUCUCUGGAUUGUGGCCUUUGUGAGAAUAUCCGUUGGCAUUUGACUUGAGCUUUGUUUGCUGAACCAGUUUGCACAGUUUUUGAAAGAAAACUUAGACCUUCAUCUCUCCCUCUUUUUCCUUUUUAUUUUGCACAUGUAACAAUAUCUCAGGAUAGUGAUUUUUCUCAAAGAAAAGAAAUGAGCUAUUGGCUAUUUUAUGCCAGAACUGAGCCAAAGUAAUUGUGCCUUCUUAGUCAUUUGGAUAUAAAGUCUAAAGUAAAUGUAGCGCUACAUUAUUUUAUUUUUUUAAAAAAUAGAAGGCAAACAGAUCUGAGAACAAGAAGCUAAGAAAAUUAAUUAACUGAGUGCUAGUUAGAAUGUGCUAACAAAAAUUAGCAAAAAGUUGAGCUAAGUAUCCCUCAUGUUAUGUGUGAGCUUGCUAUCAAGAAUGACUGUUGGAUACUAUAAGCUGCACAUUCUGCUAUAAGAAAGCUGGUUGCCUUAUUAUCUGGCAUUAAUGUUUAACUUACCACACUACUCAAUCCCAGAGCAGUAUCCAGUAUAUAAUAGAUUGCAACUGAAGAUCAACAGCAGCAACUACACAAAAUAAUAUAUGCAGCAAUUAUCCAGCCACUCGCUUCUGGAGUUAUUCUCAUUGACUUUACUGAAUGAACAAUCUGAGGACAGCCACCUUAGCAUUUACUGUACACUGUAAUGAGGCAGUUGCAUCAGCCAUCCCCUAGAUCUUUACUACUGACCAAGAAAUAUUGAUUGAGAAGAAGGGACAGUGAUCCGUUCAUGAGUCAUUACUUGCACUUCCUUGUAAAGCUAUUUUUAAAUUAUUUUGAGUAAUUAUAAAUUCAUAAGGAUUGCCUCAAAUUUGUUCAUCAUAGAACUGCAAGUUAGAACUGGCCAACACAUGUUAAUUGGGAGGAUGAAGACUAUACCUAAUCAGCUGUUCCAGAGUUCACACACACACUGUACAAGCCGGGGUUUAACAUUUCACUUUGUGUAUGCAGAGCUGUUUUCAAAACUGAAGUGAAUGGUGAAGAUUUCACUACUAUGAAGCCUUAGCACUAGAUUUCAUUCAGGUAAACAAAAUCCAGGCAUUCAUUUUGAUCCCUUUUUUUGAAGGCAGCUAAGCAGAGUGCCUUUAAAGCAAAAUGUUCUUGAUGGAGAAAUAAUAUAGCUGCAUAAAGACUUAGCCAUUCAAUAUUUAACCAUACUACCAAGUGUUUUUAAUUUAUAUUCAUACUAUAAUUUAUUAGUGAAAAUCUUCUACGAGGUAAGAACUUAAUUUGAUACAAAUUACAUGUAAGAAAAAUAACUUGGAUAUUUACCAAAGGAAAAGAGAUAUUUAUAUAUUAUCCUGCCAAAGCACAAAUAGUACAACUUAUCACAGUACUCUUUCUUCUUGAUUGUACUGUCAGAUCCCUUCCUUAUGCAGCUUGCUCCUGACAGACAAAUGUAUGAUACAAUUUUUGAAGAAUAUAUAUAUUGUAUGAUGUACAAAGGUAAAUAAUUUCAGUAUGUAUACUAUUAAUGUAUAUUUAUUAAAUUUAGUUAAAUGUU